AUGGACGGAGGACAGCCCGUCCCUUCGCCCCUGGUGCCCCUUGGGAACGUGCCCUCAGAUUCUAGCAUGUCUCUGGAGCAGAAAACGACAUUUGUUUUUGUUAUUUUGCUGUUUAUUUUCUUGGGCAUCCUUAUCAUCAGGUGCUUCCGGAUUCUGCUGGACCCAUACCGGAGCAUGCCGACCUCCACCUGGGCCGACGGGCUGGAAGGCCUGGAGAAGGGGCAGUUCGACCACGCCCUGGCCUAGCGGCACGGGGCAGGGUCCCCUCCCAGGGGGGAGCACCCCACGCCCCGGCGAGGAUUCCCUGCAGUCAGUGU